AUGAAGGUGUCUAAGUGGAGGUGGAACAGUGUCUUCAUCAGUGCACGAUCCCAGCUGAAAGGCACCCUGGCCCUUCUUCUUGUGGGCAACGUGGCCUUUGUGAUUGCUCAGGACCUGAUGCAGACUUCCAACAGCCUGGAGGAAGGGGCAGAUGUCACCGCGUACUGGUGGGGCGAGUGGACCAAGUGGACAGCGUGCACCAGGACCUGUGGAGGAGGCGUCAAGUCCCAGGAGCGGCACUGCCUGCGGCAGAGAAGAAAGUCAGUGAGUGGGCUGGCUAAUAAAACUUGCACUGGAACAUCCAAAAGAUACCAGCUCUGCAAAGUACAAGAGUGCCCUGCAAACGGAAGGAGCUUUCGAGAGGAACAGUGUUCAUCAUUUAACUCCCAUGUGUAUAAUGGCAGAACGUAUCAAUGGAAACCUUUAUAUCCUGAUGACUAUGUUCACAUUUCUAGCAAGCCCUGUGACCUCCAUUGCACCACUGUGGAUGGUCAGAGACAGUUAAUGGUUCAGGCUCGGGAUGGAACAUCCUGCAAAUACACUGAUUUCCGAGGGGUUUGCGUGUCUGGAAAAUGUGAGCCGAUUGGAUGCGAUGGCAUUCUCUUUUCCACCCACACCUUGGAUAAAUGUGGAGUUUGCCAAGGAGAUGGGAGCAGCUGCACUCACGUGACGGGCAGUUACCGGAAAGGAAACUCGCAUCUUGGCUAUUCUCUGGUAACGCACAUGCCUGCUGGAGCAAGGGAUAUCCAGAUAGUGGAGCGGAAAAAAUCUGCAGAUGUUCUGGCUGUGGCUGAUGAGGCCGGGUACUAUUUCUUCAACGGCAACUACAAAGUUGACAGCCCAAAGAACUUCAACAUUGCAGGCACGGUGUUCAAGUACCGCAGACCCAUGGACGUUUAUGAGACCGGCAUAGAGUAUAUCGUUGCCCAAGGACCGACAAACCAAGGGUUGAAUAUAAUGGUCUGGAAUCAAAAUGGCAAAAAUCCAUCCAUCACCUUUGAAUACACCCUCCUGAGGAAGCCACACUCAAAAAAUCUGCAGCCCAUCUACUACACCUUCUCUGAGUCAGAAAGUGAAGAAAGCAGGGAAUUCGAUGGAGAGGUGCCAUUGGGUUUUAUCCAGCACAAUGCAACCUAUUUUGGGAAAGUCUCCAGGGAAGGGAUAGACUUGGAGAACCAGGUGUUUGGAAGGCAGGACACGGAGGAAGAUUUAAACUUGAGCAAAGGUCAGGAAACCAAUGAGGUCUAUGAAAGAGCAGAAACAAUUGACUGUGAGCCAAAACUGAAGGGCAAACAACCCCAAGGUUCUGGUUUCUGGUGGGUUGGCUCCAAUCUAGAUUCAAACGUAACCAGGUCUACUUACCAGACAGACCAUGACGACAGAGACUUCGACCCCAGGUUCAGCUCCAGGGAAUUCCUUUUGGAGAACGCCAUCACGGACAAACUGCUGGACAAGACCUCGGACUCCAAGGAGCUGGUGCUCAACAUGACCAUGAACAGCAUCUUUGCCCAGGGAGACCCAAUCAAUUCUGUGGGGUCACAUAUUGACAGCCUCUAUGUUGACUACGAGGACACUGAUGGCGUUGUGACUUACACCAUCAAUAGCACUUACAUGGAGCUGAGCAACGGCAAAGCCGUCAACGCGUCUGCAGAGACACCGUUUUCAAACGCCACUGUCACCAUGACCAGCCCUCAAGGGAACAGAACCCACAAAGCAAGAAACAGAUUGAAGUUGUUAAGAAAGGGCCAAGGUGUGAGUGCUGCUGACAUGUACAGGUGGAAGCUUUCCUCCCAUGAACCGUGCAGCUCUACAUGUACCACAGGAGUGAUGUCCACGUAUGCUAUGUGUGUUCGCUAUGAUGGGAUCGAAGUGGAUGAUACGUACUGUGAUGCCAUGACCCGUCCCGAGCCCAUCCAUGAGUUCUGUGCUGGGAGAGAGUGCCAGCCAAGGUGGGAGACGAGCAGCUGGAGCGAGUGCUCCCGCACCUGUGGGGAGGGCUACCAGUUCCGCAUCGUCCGCUGCUGGAAGAUGAUCUCUCCGGGGUUCGACAGCUCCGUCUACAGCGACCUCUGCGAGUCCGCAGACAUCACCCGUCCUGACGAGCGCAAGGUCUGCAAGAACCCAGCCUGUGGGCCCCAGUGGGAGAUGUCGGAGUGGUCCGAGUGCUCAGCCCGGUGCGGAGAGCGGAGCGUGGUGACACGGGACAUUCGCUGCUCGGAGGACGAGAAGCUUUGCGAUGCCAGCGCCCGGCCCCUGGCCGAGAAGAACUGCACGGGACCACCCUGCGACCGGCAGUGGACU